CUCUUUCUUGUUCUUUUUACUGCUUAAGCUUCUUUUUUUAAAAGUUUCAUUCGGGAAUAUAGCUGAAUAUAGUAAUCGACGAGCCAUAGAAUAACAAUCGAUAGACAAUGAUUGCCGGCAAAGAAAGUUCACGAAAAAAGAAUUCGCAAACGCGUAGUGAAGCGCUAUACAAUAAAUUACAUACAUGGACUGAAAAAUGUGCGGAAACUACUAUCGGCCAAUUUCUUAUAGAAAUGACCGAUCGAACGUUGAAAAUUGUGGAAGAAACAGCCAAAUGGAGUUUGCCGCGAGAAGAGAAUGAUGCCAAACUUGUGCGUCCCUUGCCAUGGAUACUCUUCUUCGCUCUCAUAAUAUGGUUGCGAGCGUUACGCAUAUUAUUUACGACGGCGGCAUUGGUGAUGGGUAAUAAUGCCAUUACUCCACAAGUGGUUGUAUAUUUCAUACAAGAUCAACGCUGUAAGCUACAAGCUUUACGUGCUCGAGGUUCCAAAUCUAUAAAACAGAAAGGAAGCGAAUUAACAGCGAAUCCCGAUAAUAAAUUAUCUCUCCCGGUUAAAUUGGGUAAAUUAUUAUCGCGAGCUAUAUGCCGGCCCGGUUAUAUAAAUGAAAUUCCAUCGAGUAAAGUUAUAGUACAGAAACCUAAUGUUCAGAUAACGGAAAGCGACAGCACGAGCGAUAAUAAUGCUUGCACACCAGUUAUGGAACGCGAAGAUAUUCAUUUUCGCUUGGGCGAAUUAUUGAACAAGUACGCCAAUAGGCCUUCCGAUGACGAUGAUGAUCCUGAUUAUGUGCCAAGCCCUCGCCAGUUGAAGCGGACAUCUUCAGCAUCUAAUUCGAGCGACAGUGACAAUGAAAGUGAAACAAGUGAUCUCCUGAUGGAAUUGCAAGAGUUGGUCAAUGACAAGGGGAAAGUUACGACACUACCGUUAAAUGAGAAUAGCAUGCCACAAAAAAAGGCAACGGAAUUGCGAGAAAAUGGUUCAGCCUCACAACAAUUACGUUCGCCUAGUCCACGCAUUGAAUACGAUAGGGAACCUUUAACGAACACGAACCGGAAUGUCAGUCAUCAGAUUCCCAUCAUUACAAAAACAUUUGAAACUAAUAAUAUAACCGAGGAGGGGCGUGUCACUUCCCCAAUGAAAUGCGAAGUCGUUCCAGAUGUAACAUCAAACAGUCAAUCACCACAAACCACUAUGUUGGUGACUCAGACGUCUAUAGACGAAUCGAAAAGUACUCCUGGUCAUGAAACGGCAGCCACGCUAAGACCACCGGCAAUUCGUGCCAGCGCUUUAGCAGUGUCUUCCUUUAAUACUACCCCUACAUCAGCAUCGCAAUCAAGCCAAACUCCUAUCGAUGUAGAUUUUAUUGUAGCAAAUAAUUUAGAAAAAUUGGAAUGCGCGGCUACUUUAACAUGUGCAUCGUCAUCCGAAGAUGUAUUUUAUAGCCCGAUUGGUUCUCCACAAACUUUCUACAAUGCAUUCUAUCCAUCCUCAGUUGUCGAGAUAUCUCCUUUAGAAGGCGCUAUUGCUCCAGCUAAUAUUACUACUGCUGCUGCCAGUAAAGACGACUUUCGCGAAAAUAACGAAACAUCUACAGGGCAUUGUACGCAACCCAAAAAGGUGCCACAAAAGACAACAACUAAUCACAAUUCAACGAAAUCUCAUUAUCAUCAUAAAAAUCGUGGCAAAAAUCGUCGUUAAAUUGUCUUCAAUUAUAAUAGACAUUUAAAUAUAAAUUUACUCAAACCUUUGAUUAUAG